ACAGCACCAACGGCGUAGCAAAGCGCCCAACCUUCUUUUUUUUAUGUUUGUUUUACUGGUAUGAUUGAAAUGAAUAGAUGAUAAGUUUACUGUGAAAAAACAAAUUGUCGGGGGUUGCCGGAUGGGAACAGGGCGCAACUGGUGCCGGCGUGCGUCAGUUCUUCUAGAGUGUUCGCUCAAAAAAGAAAAAGAAAAAACCCCAACCCCAACCCCAGCUUCUCCCCUCUUCCCAUAUCCUCCUUCGUUUGAUCUCAUCUGCUUUGGUGGUGUUCCUCUGUAGAUCUGGUGACUUAAUUUGCUCUGAUUCUUCCUUUAUUGUGAGAUUGUGUACUAAUUGUGCAGUUUUAUAAAUCUGUACCUCUUGUUUUUUCACAGGGAGGAUCAGACGUUGGGUUUUGUAGCUACUGUACUCCACCGCCCAUAGCCACCCCUGAUCUUCUUCCAUCGGCCAAAAGGGUGAAGCAAGAUCCGAGUUCUUCUUCCAUCGCCCAAGCCUACCCGAUGAUUCCGGCCAUGGCGGCGAAAGACUGGUCCACCCUCCCGCCCGAUCUCGUCCGCCUCGUCGCUGACUCCCUCCUGGCCACCAACGACCUCGACUGCUACAUGUGUUUACGCGCCGUCUGCCCCGGCUGGCGCGCCGCCACCGAUGACCCCAGGAGCGACGCCUCUGACCCCCGUUUCCGCCCGCGCUGCUGGAUCGUCCUUGACGAGGUCUUCCAGAGCCAAGGGAAAGAGAUGCUCCUGUUAAACACCCACACCGGCCGCUUCCUCCAUAGAGAACUCCCGCUGCUCAGCGACCACUACGUCGUGACAACCACUCGCAAUGGCUACUUGGUCCUGGCGGACAAAAGCCCUCCUCACUCUGCCAGCGUCCUCAACCCUCUCACCGGCGUUGUCAUCCGUUUCAUGGUGUCUGUGCCCACCGAGGCGGGAUCCUUGGCUGUCCUCUCCCUUCCCAGCUCUGCGCUCGGGCUCACCUUGUUCAGUGACUCGUCUCACAAGAUUUACUUGGCCCAUCCGGACAGUAAGAGUUUUGUCGUCAAGGAGGUUCAACAAGCACCUUAUGGUUUCUUCCGUAAGGCGGUUGUCGGUGGUGUGUACGCAGACAUUGUAGGGCAUACCGUGAUUGUUGAUUUAUGCCUUUCGCUGAUGUCUCUUGAUGCUGCUGAUCUUGCCAAGCUCUUCGCUGGCGGUCUUCGAGAUGCAACAGACCUCCUGUGUUUUCCAGUGUGUUUGGCUGGACAUAUGUUGCUCGUCUUAUAUGAAAAGGGGUCGAUCUUUGUUCUAAAAAAGGAUGUCAAGAUAGGUAAGUUCGUGGCUUUGGACAACAUCGGCAGGUAUGCCAUCUUCAUUGGUCCUCAGAGGUGCCUGACUGUCGAUGCCGACAAGUUCCCAGGCAUCGAGGCAAACUGCGCCUACUUCACUGAACAACUGGGUUCGUCCGUUCAUAUCUGCAAGUGCAACAUCAAGGACAGGAAAGUAGAGAGGAUCUCCGAAGCUGCCGAUUUCGUGAAGCAGGACAAGAAGUUUGUCCUCACCGCCGACCGUCCUUCGACGAUCAUCCACCUUCUCUCCGGCUACACCAUCAACAUCCCAGAUUCUCAACUGGCUUUGCAACAGGUUCCAUAAGGCGCCCGGCAGAUCUUCGUUCAACUUUGGGGAGAUUAAUGACAGGUCAAGGCGAUGCUUUAGUCUUUUGCUUUGU